UUACCUCAAUCACCCUUUACUAAUUUUCUUCAUAAUCUUCUAGACAUGGAUGCCCAUCAUCUAGCUCUCUCUUCCCUCAUUACCCUAUACUUCUUCUUAUACAUACAAACACCAUCGUACUGCACCGACUAUGAACGCUUUGCUAAUUGCAGUCGUCCCUUUGAGUGUGGAAGCAUCCAAAACGUUUCUUACCCUUUCUGGGGAGGUGAUCGACCUGAAUAUUGCGGUCGUGAAGGGUUCAAACUCGAGUGCCAGGAAAAUGAAAUCCCGAUUAUCAGGUUUGAAGCACUAGAUUUCCGCGUACUAAAAAUCAGCGAAUCUCUUCCAAUCAUGACCAUUGCAAGAUCGGACCUCUGGGAUGGUUCUUGUCCUCAAAACAAUUUCAAUACCACUUUGAAUUUUACCAACUUCGACUACUCUUACGCUUCGGCCUUUCAAAACAUAACUUUGUUCUACGACUGCCCUCCUCAAGUCAAAAUACCGGUUCCAAAUUGGUUUACUUGCAAAUCAGGAGAUGCUGAUACGGGUAAUAAUGCUUACUUUGUUGAAGAAUUCCUAUCGACGAGCCAACUUCAGUACUAUAAGAAAUGCAGUAAAAGAAUCCGUGUUCCAAUUUUACGGGCUGCUCUUAUGAACUAUCCUUGGAGUGGAGUCGGGGCACUUUGGGAAGUAUUGAAUCUAGGAUUCGAUGUGGUCUACAAUCCCUGUAGUGGGUGUGAGCAUUCAGGUGGGCAUUGCGGUUCUAACGUAGAGCGCUCUUAUGGCUGCCCAGGUAAAAAUAUGCUUGCUCUUUUCUCUUUUCACUUUCCUGGAUUAGGCUAUAGCAUACUUCUUGUUCUUGGUUUGGUUUUGAUGGUAUAUACAUAAUGUUCUCAGCUGUAGGCCUGUAAGGCAUAGUUGAUCCUUCUUCAAUUACUUCUUUUUGGGCAGUCGGCAUAGUUAAUACUACAGCAAUUGCAUACCAUUGUAAUGGUUUGUUUUCUUUUGGGGAAUGUGGGUCAAUCUAGUAGGCCAAUAACUUCAUCCUUUGUAUUUCUAAUAGACGUCUUACCAACAGACCAAUCACCCAUAGAAGAAGUGUGAGAGAUGCAAAUUCUAAUUAACCCACCUAUAUUGUCGCUUUUCCUAUCCCAAUCUGCAAAAAUUUGGCAUUCCUCUUCAUCUUUCUCAACAAAAUCUUAUAAAGAAAAAAUUGUAUAGUUACUCUUCCCCUAGAAUAG